AUGGUGGCCCGGAGGCAGGCGUGUGAAGAUGCCUUGAACGAGCUGACGGCCAUGGCAAACAAGACGAUGAUUGCAACAGGACGGUGGUUUCGUCGUCCGGACCGUGGUACACACGAGCUGAAGCGUCACAUACCACCAGCGCAUGAGCAGUUCCAGCGGGCUCUUGACCGGCUGCAGCAGGAAAUUUUUCUCGCCAAAGCUCUGCUGGAGAAGGAUUACCACGCUAUACGUGAGAAGAAGGCGGCCACGAACAGGGCUCAGCAAGGAGGGGAUGCGGCAGUAGGUGACCAGCCAGUUGCGCCAGCCCCAGCAGCACCAUCAUCGUCAACAGAACCCCCCGUAGCACCUCCAGCGGCAGCACCUGCCGUCGAUGGAGCUCUGCUGCCGACCACAGAGCCGGUUCCCACGGCUACUCCCGCACCCACUACACAACCAGCAGAUACGCAGGUGCAGCCGUCGUUACCGCCAUCAGAACCAACAGCUGUCCCAACAAUAUCACCGCCACUUACCACAGCGGCAGCAGAGCCAGUCCAACCGCCAACCACUGCAACGGGGGACGCGCCGGAUCCUGUAUCCAAUGACACUUCCCUCGAUCUACCUUCUACCACCGCCGAGCCCAUGGCACACACCCGGAGUAGCCUCAGCCAUGCCUCAGGCUCCAUAGGUUCGCUUCUCCCGGGUCUAGAGACAUACGCCAAUACCGGCGAGGAGGCCAUUUUGGACCUCUUGCCGACGAACGGACAGUCCAAUAACCAGGUCAAUCAGGUCAACGGCCAGGUCAAUGGUCAGGCCAAUGGCCAGACUAGUAUCCAACAAAACAAUCAGAGUAAUGUACAGAAUCAGAAUAAUACGACUACAGAGAACCCCCGUCGCGAUGUGGUGAUGGAGGACGUGCCAGAGUCAAACUUUGACGACCUCUUCGUCGGGUCAGGAGACUUUGGCGGCGACGCUGAUGACUUGAUGCUGAAUACUGCUGAAAUGACCGAGCUGGAUGAUUCGUGGUUUCAGUAA